GGCGGAUGCGCGUGCAUGAGCGGUGCGGCGGGCGGGCGCGGGAAGCGCCCCCGCUCCGCAGCCUCCAUCUUCCAGGGCAGCCGGAGCUCCCUGCACGGCCGCGACAGUGACCGCCGGGGCAGCGGCUCCGAGAGCGCCUUCCAGACCCAGAGAGCCCUGGAGGACUGCAGGAUGCUUGUCCAGGAGUUCAAUACCCAAGUGGCUCUGUAUCGGGAGCUGGUCAUUUCCAUUGGGGAUGCCUCUGUCACCUGUCCUUCUCUGCAUGCAGAAAUGCACAAAACUCGAACCCGGGGAUGUGAGAUGGCCUAUCAGGCUCAUCAAAAACUAGCAGCAAUUUCAGGCCCAGAAGAUGGUGAAAUUCAUCCUGAAAUUUGUAGACUGUACAUCCAGUUGCAGUGUUGCAUAGAAAUGUACACAACAGAAAUGCUUAAGUCCAUAUGUCUGCUAGGAUCACUGCAGUUUCAUCGGAAAGGGAAAGAACCUUGUCCCCCACCCAAGAUCCUAGAUAUUAAAGUGGAGGAAAGUUCUGAAGUACCUAUUUUAGAAGACACAUCAUCAUCACCAACAGAUAUUCAGCAGCAUUUAUGGCAGGUUUCCACAGAUAUUGAAAACACUGAGAGAGAUAUGAGAGAAAUGAAAAACCUUUUAAGUAAACUCAGGGAGACUAUGCCUUUGCCACUGAAAAAUCAAGAUGACAGCAGCCUCCUAAAUUUGACUCCAUAUCCAUUGGUAAGAAGACGAAAGCGAAGAUUCUUUGGACUGUGUUGUCUUGUCUCAAGUUAGAAGACUAAAUAGAGAAACAUUAAGAAAAUCACAACUUUGAUUAAAUCCCUGUUAUUUGACCACUGAAAAGAUGAACAUUGCUACUCUUCAUUAUAAACUACAUUUUCUACACUAGCCUAUCCCUGUUUCCCUUCUGUUCCAUCCCCCUUUUCAAAAUAAGGGUUUUAUUAGUUUAAAGUGAUGUUGGUCAAAACCAGCUGUGGAAUAGAUCUAGCAUAAGUUAAGAAUGUUUUAAAAACUUUUUAGAGUAUGCUUUGCAUGUUUACUUUCAAUCACUUGGAGAAAAGACACAUUAAUUAUGGUUAAUAGAUAAUUUUAAAGCUAAGAGUUUGUGCAUAGUACAGUACUCUUCUUAGUAUAUUAAAAUACUUGAUCAUAUUCUAACAGUCUUUAAGCAUAGAAGACUAUUUAACAGCAAAAGUAUUGUUCUAAAAGUUCUAAAACAUUUAGUCAAUAUUGUAACAGAAUUUGCACAAAAUCUCCAGUUGCUCUUUGUGCUCUCAUUCAUAUUUAGUCUUCCACUACAUCUUAAUUUAAAAGCUUCAUAGAAAAAUAUCUUUAAUUUAUGAUAUACAAAUGAAAAUACUUAGAAUUUGUAAAUACAGAUAAAUCAUAUUAUCUCUCUACUGUACCAUGCAUAGAAGCCACAGAUUUCCUUUUUAGCCAGUAGGAUCUCUACAAGCUUUUUGAAAAAAAAAAAAAAAAAAAAAAAAAAGAGAGUUAUUAAAAUAAGGUGUGUUAAAAUAAACAACGUAAAACUAAACCGGCCUAUUUUGUUUCCAAUAGAACUGAAAGCAUGAUAUAUGCAUAUCACUAAGUAUUAACACCUACAGGGCAUGCCAGAAUUAUUUCAAACUGUAAGAUAUUCAAUGUUUUACAUUGUUAAUAAAGUUUUUUAUUUAAAUUAAA